AUGCAAAGGGACAUGUUAAUCAAAAAACUGGAACAUAAACUUGAACAGGCCAAACUGGAAAAUGAAGACCUCAAAUCAAAAAUAUUAGAGGAGGAGAUUGCACCAAAAACAGAGAAAGACGAACUGCAAAGCAAACUAUGUCACGCUGAAAACAUCAUUAAACAACUAGAAAAUGAACUAGAUGCCACCAAGCAAAAAUUCCUAGAUCAGGGAUUACCUGAAUGUCAAGUGAAAAUCAGGCAUGCUGGCGGGAAAACAACUCCAUCACAAAUUAACGUCAAAGAAAAUGCAACAACAGACCCUGCUCAAGAGCCAGACAAAACUGGUGAUAAAUCUGGCGAUAAUAUGGAGAAUAAUGGGAGUGAGAGAGGAGGACCCAACACGCCUGGUCCUGUAACAGAUCAUGCUCAAGAGCCAGAGCUAUCUUCUGAUAAAAAUGGUGAUAAUAUGGAGAAUAAUGAAAGUGAGGAAGCAUCCAGUAUGCCUGGUCCUGCAACAACAGAUUCUGCUCAAGAGUCAGACAAACCCGGUGAUAAUAUGGUAAAUAAUGGAAUUGAAGAAGCAUCCAACACGCCUGGUCCUGCAACAGAUUCUGCUGAAGAGCCAGACAAAUCUGGUGAUAAAAAUAGUGUUAUUAUGAAAAAUAAUGAAAGUGAGGGAGCACCCAACACGCCUAGUUCUACAACAGAUCCUGCUCAAGAAGCAGACCUAUCUGGUGAUAAAAAAAGUGAUAAUAUGGAGAAUAAUGAAAGUGAGGUAGCACCCAACACGCCUAGUCCUGCAACAGAUCCUGCUGAAGAGCCAGACAAAUAUGGCGAUAAAAAUAGUGUUAUGGAGAAUAAUGAAAGUGAGGGAGCACCCAACACUCCUGGUCCAACAACAGAUCCUGCUCAAGAAGCAGACCUAUCUGGUGAUAAAAAAAGUGAUAAUAUGGAGAAUAAUGAAAGUGGGGUAGCAUCCAACACGCCUGGUCCUACAACAGAUUCUGCUGAAGAGCCAGACAAAUCUGGCGAUAAAAAUAGUGUUAUGGAGAAUAAUGAAAGUGAGGGAGCACCCAACACGCCUGGUCCUACAACAGAUCCUGCUGAAGAGCCAGACAAAUCUGGUAUUAAAAAUAGUGUUAUAAUGGAGAAUAAUGAAAGUGAGGGAGCACCCAACACGCCUGGUCCUGCAACAGAUUCUGCUGAAGAGCCAGACAAAUCUGGUAUUAAAAAUAGUGUUAUUAUGAACAAUAAUGAAAGUGGGGGAGCACCCAACACGCCUAGUUCUACAACAGAUCCUAAUAAUGAAAGUGAUGGAGCACCCAACACGCCUGGUCCUGCAACAGAUCCUGCUCAAGAGCCAGACAAAGCUGGUGAUAAUAUAGAGCAUAAUGAAAGUGAAGGAGCGUCCAACACGCCUGGUCCUGCAACAGAUCCUGCUCAAGAACCAGACAAAUCUGGUGAUAAAAAUAGUGUUAUUAUGGAGAAUAAUGAAAGUGAUGGAGCAUCCAACACGCCUGGUCCUGCAACAGAUCCUGCUGAAGAGCCAGAUAAAUCUAGUGAUAAUAUAGAGAAUUAUGGAAAUGAAGGAGCAUCAAACACGCCUGGUCCUGCAACAGAUCGUGCUCAAGAACCAGACAAAUCUGGUGAUAAAAAUAGUGUCAUUAUGGAGAAUAAUGAAAGUGAGGGAGCACCCAACACGCCUGGUCCUGCAACAGAUUCUGCUGAAGAGCCAGACAAAUCUGGCGAUAAAAAUAGUGUUAUGGAUAAUAAUGAAAGUGAGGCAGCACCCAACACGCCUGGUCCUACAACAGAUCCUGCUCAAGAGCCAGACAGAUCUGGUGAUAAUAUAGAGAAUAAUGGAAGUGAGGGAGCACCCAACACGCCUGGUCCUGCAACAGAUCCUGCUCAAGAGCCAGACAAAGCUUGUGAUAAUAUAGAGCAUAAUGGAAUUGAAGGAGCAUCCAACACGCCUGGUCCUGCAACAGAUCCUGCUCAAGAACCAGACAAAUCUGGCGAUAAUAUAGAGAAUAAUGAAAGUGAAGGAGCAUCCAACACGCCUGACAAAUCUGGUGGUAAUAUAGAACAUAAUGAAAGUGAAGGAGCAUCCAACACGCCUGGUCCUGCAACAGAUCCUGCUCAAGAGCCAGACAAAUCUGGUGAUAAUAUAGAGAAUAAUGAAAGUGAAGGAGCAUCCAACACGCCUGGUCCUGCAACAGAUCCUGCUCAAGAACCAGACAAAUCUGGUGAUAAUAUAGAGCAUAAUGAAAGUGAAGGAGCAUCCAACACGCCUGGUCCUGCAACAGAUCCUGCUCAAGAACCAGACAAAUCUAGUGAUAAAAAUAGUGUUAUUAUGGAGAAUAAUGAAAGUGAUGGAGCAUCCAACACGCCUGGUCCUGCAACAGAUCCUGCUCAAGAACCAGACAAAUCUGUUGAUAAUAUAGAUCAUAAUGAAAGUGAAAGAGCAUCCAACACGCCUGGUCCUGCAACCGAUCCUGCUCAAGAACCAGACAAAUCUGGUGAUAAUAUAGAGAAUAAUGGAAGUGAGGGAGCACCCAACACGCCUGGUCCUGCAACAGAUCCUGCUCAAGAGCCAGACAAAGCUUGUGAUAAUAUAGAGCAUAAUGGAAGUGAAGGAGCAUCCAACACGCCUGGUCCUGCAACAGAUCCUGCUCAAGAACCAGACAAAUCUGGUGAUAGUAUAGAGCGUAAUGAAAGUGAAGAAGCAUCCAACACGCCUGGUCCUGCAACAGAUCCUGCUCAAGAACCAGACAAAUCUGGUGAUAAAAAUAGUGUUAUUAUGGAGAAUAAUGAAAGUGAAGGAGCACCCAACACGCCUGGUCCUGCAAAGACAGAUCCUGCUCAAGGGCCAGAAAACCCUUUUGAUAAUAUAGAGAAUAAUGUUGCACUUUGA